UUGUUGUCGAUUUGGUUACGUUGUUGUUGACCUGUCUGCCAUUCGUUUCAAGACUUUCGUGUGAAGAACAUUAUUUUUGGUGUGUUCGUUCGUCCGUUUUCUGACUGAAAAAACAUCUGCAGAGCCAUGAAUUCCAACGUGUUCCUUUUCGUCGCCUUCGUGCUGGGUGCGUGCAGCGCCUGCAAAUCCCCCGAAGUCACCUCGACGCAAUUCACCACGCAGGAUGGAACGAUCGUGGCCAACAUCGCCUACAUCACCGAGUUCUCGAUCAAGUGCGCAUCUGGAGUCGUCGGCAACCUUUACGCCAGCUUCGAGGGCAACGUCGUCCCCGUUUCCGUCGUCGGAGAGAACCAAUAUCAAGUCAGCUGGUCGGAGGACAACAAAGUUGCCCGCAGCGGUGAGAAAGUGGUGAAGAUCUACGACGAAGUCAGUUACACUGCCAUCCGUAAAGCCCUGAGAGCCGGCGAAGACACCUCUGCCAUCGCCUCCUUCGUCGACGUCUCCGUCCACCAUCCGGGAGCGUUCAACGGUCCAUGGUUGAAGAGCGAAUUCUUGGCCGCCGUUCUCUCUGUUGGUAUUGCAUAUGUUGCCGUCAGCUCCAGGUCCAAGCUUGCUGCUUAAACUUUGUAAAAUAAAUUAAAUUAAUUUAUUUCUAUUA